CUACUACUUAAAGUUUAAUUUUGACUUGGGUCUCAUGAAGAAGUUGGACUAGGGGAAAUUACUGUUCUGAUUAUUUUGUUUGUUGUUUGUUGUUUUUUAAAAGAUUUGAAGUCAAAGUUUUUUUUAAAAAUGUUGGACCGGGGAAUAAUUUACUUAUAAUUACCAAUCAUGAUUGUUGGGUUGUUAUUGAGUGAAACCUUGUUUUGUUCUUUGUUGAGUUAGUUAGAAAACGGUUACAGUGUAAAGAAGAGAAUUCAUGAAUGAGGGAAAAUGAUUCUCAUUAACUUGCAAAGUAGCAUUACAAUUGCUUAUAUAGAUGAAGCAAGGCUAAGAGGCCUUUAGCUCAAGCUCUAAGCUAACAGAUGAUAUUUCAUCUUUUACUACUUUUUUUUUUUUUGACAAAUCAUCUUUUACUACUUAGUUACACACAAUUAACAACUAUAGGGAAUUAAUACAACUCUUAACAUUCUUCUUCUAAACAUGGCUUUCCUUGUUAUUAUGGCGUAAAGGCAGCAAAAGUGUUGAUGACCAACUAGUUUUAGCUUACUUUUGGCUUCACGUUUAUAGGGGACAAAAUUAAAUUUUCAGAUGUAAAAUUGAGUUUUACAUGUUUGGUUACUUUUAAAUAUAGUUAAUUUUUCCCCCAGAACUAUUAAUGCAGAGAAAAUUUUACAGCACAAAAUGUUAAGCGUUGUGUUGUUGCUCAUGUUGAUGAGUGGGGUUAUGAAGAGAGAAUGAUGGUGGAAGAUUUGUUUAAAAAAGAAUCUAGUGUUUGAGUGACUAUAAUAAAAGUGUGCUCCUUAGUUUCAAAAGUAACUUGUGUAUGGUGGGAAAAGCUAGCAUUGUCCCAUACUAGCAUUAGUUAAUCAACCCAACCCUAACCUCAUUGGUUUGGUUUGGUUUGGAUGACUUUUUAAAAAUCAACCGAACCAAACCAAACCAAACCAAACCGCAUGUAUUUUUAUCUUGCGGUUAGGAUGACUUUUAUGCUCAAAACCGAACCAAACCGUACCGUGAACACCCCUGAAUACCACCAGCUUUAUCUGUCUUAAUGGAUAAAUGGAGGCUCGGUCAUACUAUGCAUAGAGGCCCCCCCUGCAUAGAGUGUACCUUUAUCUGUAAGCUGUUACAACAAGAAUAGAGUAUUAUUUAAUGGAUGUCACGCUAUACGCAUGGAUCAAAUAAUAUUAUAGAUGCAACAUUACAACUAUAUUAUAUAUGAAGUGAAAGAAAGCAGUGAAAAAGGAAGAAAAGAAAUGGCGGAAGUAAAAGGAAUAGUGAAACACAUAGUCCUCGCAAAGUUCAAGGAUGAAAUCUCUGAAGAACAAAUUGAUGAACUAAUCAAGGGCUUUGCCAAUCUGGUCAAUCUCGUCCCACAAAUGAAAUCAUUCCACUGGGGCAAGGAUGUAAGUGCUGAAAACCUGCACCAAGGUUUUACUCAUGUAUUUGAAACAACCUUUGAGAGUGUGGAAGCCAUUGCAGAGUAUACAGCUCAUCCUAGCCAUGUUGAGUAUGCAAAUUUGUUCGUUGCCUCCUUGGACAAACUGCUUGCAGUUGACUAUAAGCCCACAAUCGUUAACCUUUGAUUUGAUUUGAUUUGGUUUUGUAAUGGACCGUUGACUAUUACUAUUUCUGUUGAGAAUAAACAAUGGAAUUGAUUUCCUCUAUAAAUAAAUGGCUUUUGUGUUGUCACUUGUGUGUACUACAGUCUACAACUCUACAAUGCUCCUUGUUACAU